AUGCUCUGUAGAAUUUUUCAUCGUUAUGCUUCAACAGCAACGGUUAAUCGCUCGAAAACUUUUACAUUUCCAAAACGAAUAAAUCGUUCCCCAACAGCAAUACUCGAAUCAUUAAAUACAUGUGUUCAAACUGAUGGUGGAAAUCCAGCUUAUCUAUUUAUGGAUGAUCCAUUUUUAAUUCCAACAUCAGCACAUGAAAAACGACAAUUAUCAUUAUCAAAAGCUUCAGGUAAAAAAGCAGCUCGAUGGAUUAUGGAUCGAUAUUCUGAUGCAUUUUUUCAUGAUGUUGCCGUUCCAUCAAUACCAUCAUAUUUUCCAAAUUAUACAUUUGAUGAAAAAGAAUUUAUUGAACCAGAUGAAACAACUUUAUAUAAAUUAAUGAAUUGGAAUAAAAUUACAAAAGCAUAUGAAAUUUAUAAAAAAUGUUUAGAUCAAAAAGUUAAUAUAUCUGAUGCAUGCAAAUAUGCUUUAUUUGAUUUAUUAUGUAUUUACAAUAGUGAUAAUCCUAUGGAGAUUUUACCACCUGAAGAAGAUUGGUAUAGAAGAGAAUUAAAUGAAACAAAUCAAUCAGGUAGAAUAUAUUUAACAAAAAAAUAA